AUAUAUCUCAAAGAGGUGGGAAGGUCACUCGGUGAGGUGAGGUGAGGUGAGAGCAAGAUGUUCCCAUAAAAGUGGUGACGCCUGUCACCUAUUUCAUCUCUUUCCCUCACCCUCCCAACUCCAUAUAAGCCCCACCACCACCACCUCGUGGUUCUAUUGAUUCCUCCUCAUUUACAGUCGUAGCACUUGUUCAAGAGGUUGAUGAUGGUGAUGUUGAUACCAGUUCUGUUGUGGUCAUUCUUGAUUCUUUUGCUUCUUCCUCUUUUUCUCCAAUGGCACCACUCCAAAGACAAACGCUUUCCUCCUGGCUCUAUGGGUUGGCCUUAUAUUGGAGAGACCCUCAAGCUCUACACUGAGAACCCCAAUUCCUUCUUUUCCAAAAGGCAAAAACGGUUUGGGAAUAUAUUUAAGACCCACAUAUUGGGAUGCCCUUGUGUGAUGAUUUCAAGCCCAGAAGCAGCAAGAGUUGUUCUAGUGACACGAGCACAUUUGUUCAAGCCAACAUAUCCAACAAGUAAAGAGAAAAUGAUAGGACCUGAAGCUCUCUUCUUUCAACAAGGGGCUUACCACUCAAGGCUCAAGAAGUUGGUACAGGCCUCAUUUCUUCCGUCUGCAAUAAGAGGUUCUGUCUCAGAGAUUGAACAGAUUGUUUUGGCAUUUCUUCCCACUUGGAAAUAUGCCACCAUUAACACUUUGCAGGAAAUGAAGAGGUAUGCUUUUGAUGUGGCAAUGAUUUCUGUCUUUGGAGAAAACCAACACUUGGAAAUGGAAGGAAUCAAACAUCUAUAUCGCUGCCUAGAAAAGGGUUAUAAUUCUAUGCCUUUGGAUUUACCAGGCACUCCCUUCCACAAGGCAAUGAAGGCAAGGAAACAACUCAAUGAGACCUUGAGAAGAUUGAUAGAGAAGAGAAGGGAAAGUGGGAAACAAGAAGGAGGCCUUCUUGGAGUUCUAUUAGGAGCUAAAGAUGAGAAGCUAAAUGACUCUCAAAUUGCUGAUAAUAUAAUUGGCGUCAUUUUCGCUGCUCAUGAUACAACUGCUAGUGUCCUAACUUGGGUCCUUAAGUACUUGCAUGAUAAUCAGGAUCUAUUAGAAGCUGUUACGAGUGAACAGGAAGGAAUUAGACGGGAAAUAAUUGAGGCAAAUCGUAGGCUUACGUGGGAUGAUACGAGGCGCAUGCCAUUGACCAGCAGGGUGAUUCAAGAGACUCUAAGAAUCGCAAGUAUACUAUCAUUUACAUUCAGAGAAGCUGUGGAAGAUGUGGAGUUUGAAGGCUACUUUAUCCCAAGAGGCUGGAAGGUUCUGCCUCUAUUUAGAAGCAUUCAUCACUGUGCAGAUUUCUUCCCUCAGCCCGAAAAAUUUGACCCAUCAAGAUUCGAGGUGCCACCAAGACCUAAUACGUACAUGCCCUUUGGCAAUGGAGUCCACUCCUGUCCAGGCAGUGAGCUAGCCAAGCUUGAGAUGCUCAUUCUUCUUCACCACCUCACUGUCACUUACAGAUGGAAAGCCAUGGAAGACGAGGAUGGAAUACAAUAUGGUCCUUUCCCUGUGCCCAAGAGGGGCUUGCCUAUAAGGGUAACACCAAGGCCUAGGAACAAAUUGACACAUUGAAUCCUUCAAACUCUUAGUGUUCAGUGGGGCCAAAAGUAACAUAAUACUCUCCUUCUUGAGUAUCUUUCAUGUUUUCUUUUUAGUUGUCCAGUUUGUUGGUGGAAAUCCUUUAAUCAUGUACUAUUGGGUACUGGGAUUUGUCUAGUUUUUGUUAGCGGAAGCUUGGUUUGGGUCUGCAACAAGUCAAUGUCGAAAGCAUGCAAAUCACCCAUUUCUUGAUGUAAUAUGCAGUGUGGAACGUUUCUGUGUAGGAAAAAGAAAAAAAAAAAAAAAAAAGAAAGAAAGAAGAAAAGGGAAACAAAAAGGAAAAGGAAAAGAAAAAGCAAAGUGCUUUUGAAUUGGUGCUAUUGGAUUAAAAUUGUGUGUUUGAAGAUCAAAUUUGUGAGGCUUUGAAUGUGAAUCAUGUAGCUAUCAAGGUUCAUUA